GGUUUGAUGCUACUCUAAGAGAACUUGCAUCUCUUGUUAAACAAGUUAAUCCAGAAUCUCGUAAACGUGGAACGUUGUUUGAUUUCGCUUUGGUCUUUCCGGAUCACCGAUCGCCAGUGUACAGGAUGCGCGAACUGGGUACAGUUUGCUCUGGUUCUCCUUCAGAUACAGAUCGUAUCAUGUUAAAAGUCAGGUCGUCUGGAGUUUUCUCGUUACUGACAAAGCAUUAUUAGCAACAUAAAUGUAUCUAAGACUUCGGAAACCAAAGUCACAGAGUUUAUUUCCUCUACAGAUACAUUAAAUAAACGUCUUAGUUUUAUACUUUGGGAUUGGCGACAUUCAUUCAUACGUAGGGAAUCUUGUAGAUUUUGUUGCUUUUACGAUUGGUGUUUUUUCCUACUGUAUUUUAAUGUUUUAAUUACUAUUUACUCAUACUAUAGUUAGCCUCCAAGUCAUAAAACUGAUUCCUAUUUGUCGUUUCUCAGUUGUAGUCUUUAGUGAGAGGAUUAUGCCUUUUUGUGACACUGACCAUUCAAGCUCAGUUGCAUCUGAAUAGUUACAAUAAAUUUUAAAGAGUAUUAAUUGACUAUACUUUCUAGUUCUAUUUUCUAGUGGGAUAAAAUUUGGGAAAUAGUGUCCAUGUCAACAAACCAGUUUUGACUCUGAAUCGGAUCAAACAGUUACGGAACUAGGCCUAUUACAUAUAGUUACUUUAACCAAGUAGCCAGUUAGACCUUGACGUCAGUUCUUUAUUUGUAACUUCAACCGAAAUUCUCUAAAAGACUGAAAGGGGAUUUGGUUUUAGUUUUCUAUGGCUCAUUGUGGUCAACAUAAGUAGUAGGGUAGAUUCAGAUAUAAUUUCGUGGAUGUGUUCACUGGUUUGCAAGGAGUUAUGUAUUGACUGUAUCACUAUGCUUUGUUUUUAACAUUACUGAAGAUGGAAUGUAAACACUCGAUUCCAGGUACUUCUAAAGUGAUCACGGCCUCCCUGGCCGUGUAUGGUUUAAGCACUUGGAAUAUGAAACCGCAACUGCGUGAAUAAUGAUUAGUAUAUUUCUUAUUUUCACCUUAAUAUGCUAUCUUAAGAUAAGUCUUGGUAAGUCCGAUAUAAGCGCCGGUGCAUUUUGUGCAUCCUGAUGGCUCAUUAUCUUUACGGAGCACUUUCUGUAUGGUAGACGUGUAAUGUAUUAUAGUAUGAUAAAGGGAGAUUGGUUGGUAGUUUCCAAUUAUUAGAUCACAGGUUCUACCACCACUCCAAAUAUUUGUUUGGCUCAUUGGGUUUCACAUGAAAAGUUUUACUAGAAUGCAAAACACAAGCCUUCUACCUGGUAAACAGGUUCAUAAUUAUCAUAUUCUCCAAUUUGUUUACUUUAUUAAAUUGCAAUAUUCUUCUUCUUAUAACGUCAACCAAAAGGAUGUUCAAUUUACGAUUGGAGAUAUGAUUGAUGUUGCUAUCACACCACCUUUAACUACUACAAAUAUUCCAUAUGUUAAGAAUGAUUCAUUACUAUUAGACUCCGGUCGUCGUUUGUUAAAGCAAAAUAAUCCUGAUAUUCGUAAUCGUCGUUCACAUGAAGAAUAUCGUGAAUGCAAUAAUAAAAAUAAUGCUGAUCUAGAGCCUUCUAAAUAUCGUCGACACGUUCACAAUGUCAAUUCAACUUCUCAAGACAGCAGAAAAGUCUGAGUCUAUCAGAGUCAGGAAAUGAUUAGUCGAGUGAUGGAAUUUACGGUUAUAAAAUAAAUGGUAAUCUGGUUGUUGUAUUGAUAAACAUAAUCAAUCAUUUUUCGUGUUCAAUAACUAUUGUAAACCAUAUUUAUUCAACUUUCAUUGUAUAUUCAUCUCAUGACUAUCAAAUAAAUAAAUAAUCAAACAUAUGUAUAUAUUUAUCAUAAUCUACUAAUUAAAGUGUAACCAUUUU